UUGAGGGCUCACACUCUUCAAUAAUGUAAAAGAUGCACUUGUUUUCUGGCUGUGCUCGACUCUAGAAGAUCAAGUCUGCUCUCUGCCACUGCCCCUGCUGUUCCCUCACCAUGCCCAGCACACUGCCGCCUGACCUGUUGGCCGAGUACAAGGGUGUGUUCGAGAUGUUCGAUGAGGAGGGGAACGGUCUGGUGAAGACAGACGACCUGGCAAAGCUGAUGAGCCUGCUGGGGCUCAACGUCACCAAACGGGAGCUGCUGCAGAUGGCCAAGGACGUGGACAAAGAGGGGAAAGGACUGUUUAACUGCGACAACUUCCUUGUCCUGAUGGGGGAAUUCCUCGAGAAGUCAAAGAAUCAGGAUGAGGAACUGAAGGAAGCUUUCCUGGUGUUUGAUCCAGAACGGAAGGGCUACAUCGACUGGCACACGUUGAAGUAUGUCCUGAUGAAUGCUGGGGAACCGCUCAACGAGGAGGAAGCAGAACAGAUGAUGUUGGAAGCCGACAAAGAUGGUGAUGGCACAAUCGACUACCAAGAAUUCGUCGACAUGAUGACUGGUGAAUCCUUCAAAUUGAUCAAGUAAUUACUUCGUCUGAAGCAAGAGUUGCAUCUGAACAGUGACUGCUCGGUGGCAUUCCCGCAUUGACCGAUGUUCCAUCAAGACUCUGAACACAAUGACAAAUAUAUAUAUAUUUAAUUUUGAGACCUUGUUUUCUUCUCUCUUCCACUGUAACACAGUGAUCGUAUGGUUUUGCAAAUCACAAUGUAAAAUUCAGAGAGAUUACGCGGGUGAUUACAACCUGUGUCCGAGGUAUCUCGGAGUGGGCCAUGGGUCUUAUAACCAUGCACAGCUGCCAAUAAACUGAAUGGUACAGAUUAA